GCCACAUUCCAUUGAAACAAGUGUUCCUUCGUCUGGUGAUCAUGGAGUCGGCGGGCCAAAUGAAGCAGCGGCACAAACUGGAACUGAGGGAUCUGCAAAACCAAUCCAAAAUCCUGGUCAAGAAGCUGAAAAAGGACAACCUCAGCAAGAAGGAGAUUGACCAGAAAGUCGCCGAGCUGGAGCAGUCCGUGGCAGCUCGUCAUGCCAGCGAAGUGCAAGCUAUAAUGCAAAAGUUGGAUGUGUCGGACGACGAUGCAGAAGCUGCGCCUGCCACUGCCGCCGCAGUGGCGGAUGUUGGCGAGAAGGCGAACGCAAAGCUGGAAAAGGCGCAGCGGAAACGAGAUAAGAAGCGCCAAGAAGAACGCGAGAGGCUGGAGCGCAUUGAGUUUGAGUCUCAAAACGUCGUGAGCCAGCGCCAGAUCGAGAGCGAUGCGAUCGCCGCUCAGUUGACUUCGCUCGGUUUGAUCGUCAAGGAGAUUCCGUCAGACGGGCAUUGCAUGUACCAUGCGGUGGCGGACCAACUCAAGCUCACUCGUCGCCUGCCUUUCCCUUCGUCGGACGCGUACAUACCCCUUCGACAAAAGACAGCCGCGUAUCUGCGUUCGCAUGCCGACGACUUUGUCCCGUUUGUCGAGCUCGAUUAUGCCUCUGACAUUGCCAUUCAAGGUAUUAUAUAUAUAUUCAACACGCUUCUUUAUGAAAUCCUUGAAAUCAAACACACGCACUCCAGACCAAUUCGAAAGCUAUUGCGCACGAGUGGAAGCAACAGCAGACUGGGGCGGACAAGUGGAGCUCCGAGCGUUGGCGCAAGCGUUGGCGGUGCCGAUUGAAGUGUACUCUGCUUCCUCCAGUGUCCUUGUCAUGGGAGAUGAAUAUCACCGUGAAGAUCAACCCCCGUUGCGUCUGUCGUACCACUUGCAUUACUACACCCUCGGAGAGCAUUUUAACUCGAUCGUGUAUGCAUCAAGCGGCGGUGAUGAACACGACGCUCUUUAGUUAGGGCAGGGAGAAGUAUUGAGAUCGCCAGCAGCUUUAAGUCCAUCGUAUAAUAAUAGCAGUUGAUGUGGGUUUCCAA